UGUGUGUGUGUGUGUGUAGGUUUUCACUAGCAGAGUCACUAGUGCGCGCACGAAGGACGAGAGGAGGAAGCCUGCAUUGUGCACUCAUGGAUUAAUAUCCAGCUGGAGCAAUCAUUAGGAUCCCAUAUACCUCCAUGAUAUACUUAAAGGAAUUUUGCAUGACGAGAACAUGUGAACUUUACGCAGCUGUCGUGGUUGGCCUACCAACAAUCUCGCUUUCGAUGAUUUUAAUGACCCACUUCCUCGCCUUCAUCGUAGGAUUGUGGAAUAAGCCAGCCAAGCUAAAGUCAAUGAGAACUGGAAGAUGUGCUUGUAACCCUUGGUGCUUUGAGAAUCACAUGGAAUGCCCUUUGAACUCAGAGGUUUGGAAUUCUAUCUUAAUUCUGAGCUGUCUAAGUGCUCUAUUGCCCGUGGCUGAAGGACAUGCACCACAGGCACUACGAGACCUCCAGGACGCACUUAACAAAACCAGGAAUUUAUUCCAAUAUUCUAAUACGAGUUUGUAUACACCAAACACUGAUGGUAUCGAGAAAUGCACAUUUAAGUUCUUUGACUGUUUUCUGAUGGAGAUGAACGUUCUCUUGAAUGACGAAGACCCAACAAAUGACAAAAGGCCCAUGAUAGAGAAAACUUUAGAAGUAUAUAACAAAAAUAAGUGUUCAGAGCGAUAUCCCUGUGAACUAGAAGAACUUGCCCCCUCCAGUAAUUUCUACGAGAAGAUGGAAGCGUUCAUUCAGAAACAGCAAAGUCUUUGCCAAGAUAAAUCUACUAUAACAUGUGACUAAAAUCAUACUUCCUUUCCCUGAAAGCAUGUACAAUAAGCUCAUUUAUCUAUUAUCAUUUUAAAUUAUGCUAGUCUCUUUAUUUUUGUUAUUAAUAUUUAUAUCACCUCAGUCUGAAAGUGUCACUUUAUUAAUGCUGUAAGAAUGAUAUAUUUUUUACAAAGGUAACUAAAGGGUUUUGUCAAUGAUCGUUGAACUGUGAACGUCUUAUAAGUGUACAGAAUUUUAAAGGUGAGAAAAUGUUUAAUCUAAAAUAGGUUUUGUAUAUUGUUUUAUAUUCAAUGUAUUGUUACAUUAAAGCAUUUUUUAUUGACCGGAAUCAUGUCAUUUAUGUUGAGGUGAAUUGGAUCAGUUCUUCAAAGGCUAAUGACCGGUCUUGAAGGAAACUUGGUGCCUGAUAUCAUUUU